AGCUUGUCAAAGCAGCAACCGGUGUUUUUCCAACAGAGCCGCAGUCGUCAGCCAGUCUUCCAGUUUACUCUGCAGUUGUCUAAUCAAUUGAUUUAAAUUUUUCACAAAUUCAUUAAACAUGAUCAAGAACGUUGUCUCCCUGGUGACUGGUGGCGCCUCUGGCCUGGGCAGGGCCACAGCCGAGCGACUGGCCAAGCAGGGCGCCAGUGUUGUGCUCGCCGAUCUGCCGUCCUCCAAGGGCACUGAGGUGGCCAAGGAGCUGGGCGACAAGGUGGUUUUUGUGCCCGUCGAUGUCACCUCCGAGCAGGACGUGAGCGCCGCUCUCCAAACGGCCAAGGACAAGUUCGGGCGUCUCGAUUUAACGGUCAACUGUGCGGGCACCGCAACCGCCGUGAAGACCUACAACUUCAAUAAGAACGUGGCUCAUCGCCUGGAGGACUUCCAGCGGGUGAUCAACAUCAACACGGUGGGCACCUUCAAUGUGAUUCGCCUGUCCGCCGGCCUAAUGGGCGCCAAUGCACCCAACCAGGAUGGCCAACGCGGCGUCAUUGUGAACACCGCCUCGGUGGCUGCCUUUGAUGGGCAGAUUGGCCAGGCAGCCUACUCGGCCUCGAAGGCGGCCGUUGUGGGCAUGACCUUGCCCAUUGCCCGCGACCUGAGCACCCAGGGAAUUCGCAUUUGCACGAUUGCCCCGGGUCUCUUCAACACCCCAAUGCUGGCUGCGCUGCCGGAGAAGGUGCGCACGUUCCUGGCCAAGUCGAUACCGUUUCCGCAGCGUCUGGGCGAUCCCAGCGAAUACGCCCAGCUGGUUCAGGCUAUCUACGAAAAUCCGUUGCUCAACGGCGAAGUCAUCCGCCUGGACGGUGCCUUGCGCAUGAUGCCCUAAAAUGGAACUGUCACCCUCAAAUCAGUCUUGCAUUUAUAGCAGUCACUGUGUGUUUUUUUUUCUCUGUUCUUCUCUUAGUCAAUAAGUAAAAAGUUGUUGCCAAUUUUAAAUUGUGCUAAAUAAAAAUUGUAAAAUUUUCAAAAUUA